UUUCAAAACGUCUUAAAACUCUUAAGAUAAUAUCUGAAUACAUACUGUUGAAGAAAACAGUAGUUUAAUAAGCAUGUUCUGUAAUGUGCUGCUGUUCAUUUUAGUCUGUACGUGUCAUAUUGUACAGAUUGUACGAAACUGAGAAGACACGGUAACCAUCCUUAUCAUCUUUUCUGAAAGAACUGAUUCAAUAUUAUGUAUUGAUCUUUUAUAUGCUAUUUUAUGCUGAACUUACUUUUUCUUUCAUCUUCUCAGACAUUUUCUCAUUAAUUCAUGAAAACCAUAGGGACUGUUGCUUAAGAGCUCAUGAUGUAAAAUCAGAAGGCUGGUUAAUUGAUUGAUAAUGUGUUGUGUUCCUGCUUCAAUUUUUAUUUUUAAUUUGCAAUGCCCCGAGGAACUGGUCCGGAGGUUUUUCUUAGAAUAGUGAAGGAUGCUGUUUCACGUUCCCCUUAUAGCACUGACCAGAAAUGGCUUAAAACUUGUUUUAGUGAAUCAAGCGCGUGAAGAACUGCUUUAUAAAAUUGAUGUAGCUCAUGUUGAAACAUCAAUAUGAAUUUGAAGUGGAUUUGUCUUUUAUUGUCUUUGUCUUUCACAAGUCCCUUUUAGACAUGGAUGUUGCCACGUAGAAUUGGGAGGAACCAGAUGCAAUAAUUAAAGAAUCAGCAGCAGAAAAAAACCUUUUUUGUAAAUAUACAUUUAUUAGGAAUAUUAGAAUGAUGUCUAUGGUGCUUUUCCUCAGACCCUUAGAGUGUAAGAAGCUGCUUUUAAGAAAGACACUUCUCGAUUUUAGGACAGACAUCCCUAAUUAUUAUUUUGAAUCAUUUAAAUAUAUGUUUUAUAGAAAAAGACUAGGUAUGUGACAGUUUGAUUUACAAGGAAUCUUUGUGAGCACAUAGUGUAUUUCAUUGCGGACACAAUGUUCAAGGAUGGAAUGAGUCAACCGUUGCUGAACGAUCAUCUUUGCGAUGGGAAUGCCUGUUGUAAUCUCACCACACUGAGGACAUCUGAGAUAUAAACUCAAUAAGAGCUUGGCAAAGUCACACCACCUUUAAACCAGUCAAAGCGACCCAAGACCUAAGGACUGCUGGCUGAAAAGUUAUGAAUAUAACCAGGAAGAGACAAAGGGGGACACGGGUAUGUACGAGUGAUGAAAUGUCAUCUUUAGAGGAUAUUUUGUCCAGUAACCAGUGCCCAACUGCUGUCAUUACCUCCCAAGGCACUGAUGUAACUCCAAACAGGGACAGUGGAGUAUGUAAGAUUGUUAAAAAGCAUGGUGUGGAGGGAGAAAGGCCGAUGAUUGGGGAUAAGGUGUGUGUCCACUACACAGGCAGGCUACUCAGUGGAAAGAAGUUUGACUCCAGUCUUGACCGCAAGGAACCUUUUGUUUUCAAUGUGGGCAAAGGUCAGGUUAUCAAGGCGUGGGACAUCGGCGUGUGUUCCAUGCAGAAGGGAGAGGUGUGCAUGCUGCUCUGUAAACCUGAAUACGCAUAUGGUUCUGCUGGAAAUCCCCCAAAGGUUCCUCCUAAUGCCACACUUGUGUUUGAGAUUGAACUGCUGAGCUUCAGAGGGGAGGUGUUAACAGAAGAUGGUGGAAUUGUUAGGAGAAUAAAGGUUAAAGGUGAAGGUUAUAACAAUCCGAAUGAUGGGGCCACAGUCCAUGUACACUUACAGGGCUGGUGCGGAGGCUCUUUGUUUGAGUCUCGUGAUGUCACAUUUGUGGUGGGUGAAUCGGUGGACGCGGGUGUCCCACUAGGUGUAGACAGGUCCAUGGAAAAAAUGCAAAAGGGGGAAUGCUGCCUGCUAUACUUAAAGCCCAAGUAUGGUUAUGGCAAAGAGGGCAAGCCAGAAAAUAACAUUGGAUCAAAUGCAGAACUGUUAUACGAGGUCACACUUAAAAACUUUGAAAAGGCCAAAGAAUCCUGGGAAAUGGACCUUAAAGAGAAACUUGAACGAGCCGUUUUGGUCAAACAGAAGGGGACACAGUAUUUCAAGGCUGGACGGUACAGCCAUGCUGUUAUUCAGUACCAACAGAUUGUUACCUGGUUGGAGAUGGAGUGUGGGUCAGGAACCGAGCAGCUACAGGCCAUUCAAUCUCUGAUGUUAGUGGCCCAUCUGAAUCUUGCCCUGUGCUAUCUGCGUUUGCGCGAGUACUCUAAGACCGUGGAAAACUGCGACAAGGUGAUGGAGCUGGACACAGACAACGAGAAAGCUCUAUAUCGGCGCGGUGAAGCGCGUCUUUUGCGUAACGAGUUCAGUUUGGCGCUCGAGGACUUCAAGCAGGUCUUGCAGGUCAAUCCCUAUAACCGCGCUGCCCGCAGUCAAAUAGCCGUCUGUCAACGCAAGAUCCGCGAGCACAACGAGCGUGAUAAGAUGAUCUAUGCAAACAUGUUCCAGAGGUUUGCCGAACACGACGCCAAGGUGGUCAAAUUGAAAAGGAAGAAAGACGACAGCGGACAUUCUGAUCAAAAUAAGCGGGGUCUCAAGAGACAGUGUUUGAGUGAGGAUGACCCCUAAGGCUUACUAUAAUAACCGGGAGACCCCAGUAAGAGGGUCAGGCUGGGGGAUGGCUGGGCCUUCCUCGUUGCAACAGUAGGGGUGAGGACGAGCCCCUACGCACUUUGACCUACGACCUCAUUAUCCUAGGACUGUAACAACAAAUGUUGGAGAAGUGAUUCUAAUAAAGGUUUAUUGGCACUGAAGAGCUCCAACCUCAAUGACAUUCCUACAAAAAACAACCAAAGCGCACAAUUCUGUAACCAUCUGUAAACCUCGAAGGUGCACCCCUCAGCUCUAAAAAGGCAUUCAUCAGCUGCAUUAAUGUGAUAUACAGUUUGAUAUAUUUCAUUAUAGACUUGAAUACAACUUAGUACCUUAACUUGUACUGUAUAGUAUUCAAUAUUAAUGCAUUGACGUUGUGCAUAAUCAGAUUAGGGGUUGAAACUUGCAGUGGUGAGGCGUCUACUGGAGACUUGAUGUUUUUUGUAUUAUAUUUGUAUAAGUGUGUAUGAUAUUUAGAUGCAAGUGACCGUAUUGGAUAGCUGGAUUUAGAAGUGCAAUCUUCCCUACUGGAAAAACCUAAUUUACAGCUCUCCAACCUGAACGCUUCGAGGAUGAGAGCUGCAACAGGCAUACAUCCACACAUACACAUUUGAUACUUGUGAGUGCAUGCUUCUGCAUCCUGGGAACAUCCUAAAUUUGGGAAUAUAUUUCAACAGGUUAGUUUGAACCUGGAAUCUUUGACUGAAGUUCAAUGCCUUUAUUUUUGAACCGAGUUCCGUUAACCCUUUGAAGCUUCGGGGCUCGGAUGCUUUUUAGACAAAUCUUUUGAAAAGAAAGGAAUAUUUCAAAUAAUCGUCCUCUCGAAACCCACUUGUUUAUUUGUUGAAAUACUAACUAGUGUGGUUUGCAUGUUUUUUUUCACUAUGUUCCUCAUGUUUCAGACAUUUGAAAGAAUAAUAAUAAAUUGUUUGUUAACAA